AUGGCCGAGUCUUCCAUCAACGAUGAUUCCCUUUCUAGCUAUCCCUGCCCAGAUUAUGCUGAGAUUUUUGUGGUGCGUCAUGGUGAAACAGCAUGGAAUGCUGAGAGAAGAGUUCAGGGACAAGUGGAUAUAGAAUUAAAUGAAGCUGGAAGACUGCAAGCAGCUGCAGUGGCUGAUAGACUAUCCAGGGAACCGAAGAUCUCUGCUGUAUAUUCUUCUGACUUGCAACGAGCUUUUGAAACAGCACAGAUAAUUGCAUCCAUGUGUGGAGGCCUAGAGGUUGUCAAGGAUUUUGACCUACGGGAAAGACACAAGGGGAAUCUUCAAGGCCUUAUUUAUGGCGAAAUAGAAAAGACUAAUCCCGUGGGUUACAAGGCUUUGAUGUCUAAUAAUGAAGAUCAAGAACUCCCAGGUGGUGGAGAAAGUCUAGUUCAACUGUUUGAACGUUGCACAUCUGCAUUGCUGAGAAUUGGCAGAAAACAUAAAGGGGAGCGAGUAGUUGUUGUCAGUCAUGGAGCAUCCAUCGAAACACUUUUCAAGUGGGCCUGCCCAAACGGAAGGCCUGCAGUGGAUAUACACAACGCAUCCGUCAGUAUUUUUCACUUGUAUGGUGACGACAAAUGGGCCUUAAAAAGUGUUGGGUGAUGUUAGCCAUAUGAGCCAAACUUGAUUUCUGCAGUUUUUGU